GAAGAAGAAGAUUAUUCUAUUUCCGGUCUUCCCCUGCCAUUCGAGGGCUGUGGCUUUACAAGUAAAAUCGUACAUCUGUUAGCUUCUUCAAAUAGGUUCUUCAGUUGAAAGGGAUGUUUCGUAGAAAGCUUACGGCCUUAGAGUAUCACAACCCAACUGGAUUUGACUGUAAAGAUGAAACUGAAUUCAGAAAUUUCAUAGUUUGGCUGGAAGAUCAAAAAAUCAGACACUACAAAAUUGAAGACCGAGGAAAUCUCAGGAAUAUUCCCAGCUCAGACUGGCCUAAUCAUUUUGAAAAGUACCUUCAAGAUGUGAACUGUCCAUUCAGCGCUCAGGAAAGACAGGAGACUGUUGACUGGCUGCUGGGUCUUGCUGUUCGUUUUGAGUACGGAGACAAUGUGGAGAAAUAUCGAAACUGCAAACCUGUAACAGAGGCCAGUGAUGUUCAAAAGUCUGCAGACCCAUUAAUUAAUCUGGACAGUAACAAUCCAGAUUUUAAGGCUGGUGUCUUGGCGCUUGCUAAUCUACUCAAAAUCCAGCGACAUGACGACUAUUUGGUAAUGCUUAAAGCCAUUAGAAUCCUGAUACAGGAACGUCUGAGCCCUGAUGCUAUUGCAAAGGCCAGUCAAGCAAAAGAGGGUUUACCAGUCGCCCUUGACAAGCAUAUUUUAGGAUUUGAUACUGGAGACGCAACUCUGAACGAAGCAGCCAGGGUUCUUCGCUUGCUUCACAUCGAGGAGCUCAGAGAGUUACAAACCAAGAUCAACGAGGCCAUCGUAGCAGUUCAGGCCAUCAUCGCCGACCCCAAGACAGAUCACCGCCUUGGAAAGGUGGGCAGAUAAAAACAUCUGCCUGGACCUUGCUGCAGAGACCACAAGACAUGCUCUGUGAAGUAUGCUUGUUUUCAUUAGCCACACCACAGGUAUUUUGUUUAAAUUCGAGACAUUUUUGUGGGAAUGCCAAACUGGACUCUUUUUUUUUUUUUUUUUUUUUUUUUUUAUCAUUCGUUUGCUUUGCCCUGUAAUUAAAAGAAAUGUGAAGAUUUAUUACAAAAUGUAAUUUCAUUGUAGCCUUAUGUGGAGGCACUUAUGAAAAGUUACAUGGGUUACCAUAAAAAGUUGGACUAUAUGUUUUUUGUUGCAUAAUAAACAUAAUGCAACGCAGAAAAGUUUUAUGGCUGGGUUUGUUUUACCCUGGAGCAAGAAAUUCAACCUGUUCUGCUUUAUACCUCCAACUGUGUAUACUGUAAAUUUAAGAAGAAAAUCACUGCAGAGCCAAAAAUAUUUGAAAAUCUGAAACAAUGCGAGCAGACAUAUUAAAGUUGUCAAUCACAUUUUAUUGUUAUAAAUAUCACAUCUUACAAAAGAUAAAAAAGGAUUAAAAAAAUGACCACUUUUGGUGUUCCAAGCAAUUUCACUUAAAAAUGUUAACCUUUUUUCCCCAAAAUACUGUUUUAGAGUAUUUAAAAACAUACAAAUUACACAAGUAAACUCUGAGGGUAUUUUUAUUUAAUUUGUUAGAUUUUUUUACCAAAAAGUCACAUACAAAAGUACAGUAGAAAGAAAAAAUGAGGUAUAAAACAAAUUUACAAAACUAUUUUGAGAAAAUAUUCACGCAUUCAUGUUUGUAAAUUUGCACUUUGGCAUUGACGGUGACAUUCGUCGAGACUUGCGGGUUCUGUGAUUAGCUCUCUUCUGAGUCCACGUCUCCAUCGCCAUUCCCACAGCACAAGCUCUCCAAACACUCGCCCAAAAUAGCACCAUGUAACGCUGGCUCUGUCAUUAGCGUCUCCCUA